AAAAUAGUCGGGUUGAAUCUAACCCGCCCAAAUGGUCUACGCUCAGUUUUUCUUUCCAACAGAAAAGUUCUAGAUUUUCCUCAAGAAAUCCAGUUCUCAAUGAUUUUCAUCUACAGUUGAAGCCAAUUAUCUCUUUCUGUACAGUACCAUGGGAUGGCAUAGAAGAUCAACAUUCGCACUCGAUGCAUUCAGGAGCUUAGCGUCAAAGAUUUCAUCCAAAAAUCGAGUCUUCGAAUCCAUUUCAGGCACCAAACACUACACUUCUUUCGAAUCUGGCUUCUCUCGUUUUUCCUCCCCUGUUUUCAGGAGCUCAAAAUUUCAAUUAGGGUUUCAGCAGAAUCAGCAUACAAGCAGUCCUUUUCUUGCUCAGGCGAGGAGAUAUUACUAUGUGGAUCGGUACCAAGUCCGCCACUUUCGUCCCCGAGGGCCGCAUCGCUGGUUUCAGAACCCAAGGAUUGUGUUCAUCGUUGUUGUGGUGGGUUCAGGGCUCGCCAUCACGAUUUACGCGGGGAAUGUAGAGACUAUACCUUAUACAAAGCGCACUCAUGUCGUGCUCUUGUCCAGAAGCCUCGAGAGGGAGCUUGGAGAGAAUCAAUUUAAGCAGAUGAAAGCGAGUUUCAAGGGGAAAAUCCUCCCCGCGAUUCACCCGGAGAGUGUGAGAGUACGGUUGAUAGCUAGCGACAUAAUUGGGGCUCUGCAGAGAGGAUUGAGGAAGGAGCAGGUGUGGAGUGAUCUUCAGUACACAUCUGAGGGUGUGGAGAAUAAUCAUGGCAUUAGUGGGCACGAGACGUUGUCUGCUUUGACUGAUAGUGUCCAUGAGGGGAAUUGGCAUAGGGAGGAUGAAGUUCUUGAUGAUAGGUGGAUUGAGCACAGUAGGAAGGAGGGGCAGCAGAAAGGCAAAGAAUCCUCCACUGACCAUUUGGAGGGACUAAAUUGGGAGGUUUUAGUGGUUAAUGAGCCUGUUGUUAAUGCUUUUUGCUUGCCUGGUGGGAAGAUUGUUGUGUUCACUGGUUUGCUUGAUCAUUUCAAGUCAGAUAUUGAGAUUGCAACCAUACUUGGCCAUGAGGUUGCGCAUGCUGUGGCUAGGCAUGCUGCAGAAGGAAUGACCAAACACUUGUGGUUUGCCAUUAUACAACUGAUUCUUUAUCAGUUGGUCAUGCCUGAUAUUGUUAACACUAUGUCAGCGCUUCUCCUAAGGCUUCCUUUCUCAAGAAGGAUGGAGAUGGAAGCAGACUACAUCGGGCUUCUGUUGAUGGCUUCUGCUGGAUAUGAUCCUCGACUAGCCCCCACAGUGUACGAGAAGCUGGGAAGAAUCUCGGGGGAGUCUGCUUUGAGAGAUUACCUCUCGACUCACCCUUCCGGGAAGAAGAGAGCUAAGUUGUUGGCUCAGGCCGGAGUCAUGGAUGAAGCCCUCAUGAUUUACCGCGAAGUUCAGUCUGGAAAAGGUAUAGAGGGAUUCCUUUAGAGGGAUGAAGAUGCACCCACCAAAGGAACUAACUAUCACCUGCACUCAAAGGCCAAAGAUGGCUGCUUUGUAAAAGCUUCUUCUUCAAUUGCUUGAAAAUAGCCAAUAGAAUACAACAAUAAUCACACUACUUCAACAUCCUACUUCAGUUUUCAAGCCACUUAGUGGGGGGUUUUUGUCUUUGUAUCUCUAUUGAUGUUUGUGUAGCUGCUGGAUUUUCAUUGCUCUCCAAAAUGUGUUCCUUUGAUUUACGAGAAAGUCUGCUUUUACUA